AAUGUAAGAAGAACAAGUGAAUGAAACGAAAGAAGCAGCUGAACCUUACAAACCUGUUGAUUUUAAGGGAGAUUCACAAAAUGUUGAAUAACAAGCAGCUCAACCUAGUUAUGGAAAUGAUGAUAUUCCAAUAGGAAAAUCUUCAAAUAAAUAAAUGAUUGAUGAAUAUCCCCCUGAAGGUUAUGUUCCUAAAAAGGUAGUACCAAAAAAGGCAGCUAAAAAACCAGUAGCUCCUCCUGUUGAAAAUGAUGAACCAAAAGUUAUAAUAAACCCAGAUGAAAUUCCACUUAAACCUGCAGGAUAAAAUGUAUUAGAUGAUUAGCCUGUUGGAGGUGGUAAUAAGUUUGCAAUUAGUGAAUAUCCUGAAGGAAUGGAAGGAGGAGGAGAAGAUGUUUAAUAAACAGUCCUUCCACUUGCUUAACGUUUGAAGUCAAAAGCAUGGAAGUUGAGAUAAAGUGCUUUUGAAGAAAUGGCAGAGCUAUUUUAAAAGGAUGAAUCUAUUGAUGAAUAUUAUGAAGAAUGGCCUAAAUUAAUCAAUGAUAAUAAUCCUGGAAGUUAAGAAAAAGCAUUAAUAGCAUUAUAAAUAUUUAUUGCAAAAUGUAAUAAGGGUUAAUUUGCAGCCAGAUUUGAUGCAAAAGAAACUAUUCGUAUGUUAAUUGAUAAAUGUAUUGCUCCAGGAAAAAAAUAAAUUGUUAAACUUAGUUAUGAAAUCUUUUUUGAUAUUUUUGAAAGAAGAGAUAAAUAAGAAAUGUUUGAUGUUGUUGUUGAAAUGUUAAAAAAUAAAGUUUAAAAAGUUUAAUGUGCAGCAAUCCAAAGUUUAAUUGAAUUAUUAAUUACAUUUGGUCCAAAAAGAUUAGAUUAUUUAAAACCUUUUUUUCCAGAAAUAGAAAAAUUAUCAUAAUCUACAGUUUCAUCAAUUAAAACAGAAUGCAUGAAUUUUUAUAAAGAAGCACAUAAAUGGCUUGGUGAGCCAAUAUUAGCACCAUUCAUUAAAGGAUUAAAAAAAUUAUAAUUAGAAGAAUUAGAGAAAUUUUAAAAAGAAUGGUAACCAAUUCCAAUGGUACCAACAAGAGGAGGAGAUGCUGUAACUGUUGGAUAAGGAGGUGGAGCUAAUAAUGGAUUAGAUGCAUAUGAUUUAGUAGAUGCAUAUGAUAUAUUUAAUAAAUAUAAUGAAAAAUGGUGUGAUAAAGUUUUAGCAUAAACUAAAUGGAAUGAAAAACAAGCAUUAUUAGAUUAAUUAUUAAAAGAAGCUGCUACUCCUAAAAUUGCUACUGGUAAUUAUGUACCUAUGAUUGCUAUGAUUAAAAAAUUAUUAGUUGAUUCUAAUCAAGUUAUUAAUGUAUGUGCUAUUAAAUUAUGUGGAGCAUUUGUUAAAGGACUUCGUAAAAAUUUUACUGCUUAAGCUAAAUUAUUAUUCCCACUUUUAAUAGUUAAAUUAAGAGAAAAAAAAAAUAUUUGUUAAGAAGCUAGAGCAGCUAUGGAAUUAUUUCAUUAUUCUUUAUAAGUUGAAGAUGUUGUUGAAGAUUUUAAAGAAGGAUUAGCUGACAAAAAUCCUUAAAUGAGAGCGUAAUGUCUUCUAUUAUUUGCUAAACUUGUUUAAUUAAAAGGAUUUCCAUAAGGAGCACCUAAACCUAAAUUUGUUGAUUGUGUUAAAUAAUUAUUACCAUUAGCUAAAAAACUUAUUGAAGAUAGUGUUCCUGAUGUUAGAGAAGCAUCUGUAUAAAGUUUAGGAACUCUUAAACCAUAUUUAUCAGAUUAAUUAAUUAAUUCCUUUUAUGGUGAUAUUGGAUAAUAAAAAUUGACUAAAAUCAAUGAAAUUUCUAGUCAAAUUGAAGAUGAAAAAAAAAAAGAAUAAAUUAAAAAAUAACCUCCAUAAACAAAAGAAUAAUAAUCAGCUUCCUAAAUUCAAUAAUCUACUAUUCAAAAUAAUUCUACAUAAUAAGGAAAUGCUAAAAAACCUCCUCUUUCUUAAAAAAGUACUAUUGUAAUCACAGAACAACCAGAAUAAAGUGUUGAUCAAUUAGAAAAUUUACUAAGAAGUUAUGGAAUUGAUGAUCUAUUUUUUGAAAAUAUUAAUGGUAUGGCUAAAUUGAAGGCUGAAGCUAUUAAAAUGUUAGAAAAUGAAACUGACACUAUGCAAAAUCAUUUUGAAGAUAUUUUAAAUUACUUAAAAAUCAAAUUAAAGGAUUGGAAAGAAGCCAAUCUUUCAAUUAAUAAAGAACUAUUUGCUAUUUUAAUAUAUGCUAAUGGUUUAGAUCCUAAGCCAUUUACACAGAAAUCUUUUUAACCUUUAUGCAAACUAUUGGUUGAAAAAAUGACCGAUUCUAAAUUUAGAGAAGACAUAUACAUUAUCUUAAAAGGAUGUUGUGAAUGUGUUAAUCCUAAAUAUAUUGUAUUAUACUUAAUGACUCAAGCUGUUCCUAAAGAAGACAAAGAUAGUGGAAAAGUUGUAGUAGUACCUCCAUAAAAGAUAGGAGAAGUCAUUAACAACAUUUCAAAAAUCAUUGAUAUUGUUACAAUUCGUAAUGUACCAACCAAAGAAAUUGUAGAUUUUGGAAAAGAAUAAUUAUAAUCAACAAAUGCAAUAAUAAAAAAUGCGUGUGUAGAAUUGUUCAAAACUAUUUACAAGUAUAUUGGUUAAGAAUUACAACAAUUCUUAACUGAUGUAUAACCUCCUAUAAUGAAAACACUUAAUGCUGAAUUCGAAAAAAUAACUGUCUUAACAUCUUAUGAACCAACUAUAACUUUUACAGGAGAAGCUGCAAAGGAAUGUGGGGUUAUACAAUCUUAACCACUUUCUUAAUCAAUUAUGUAAUCAACGAUUUCAUCUCUUAAUGAUAAUUUACCAAGGACUGACAUUUCAAAUUAGUUAUAAUCAGUCUUAAAAAAAAUGGCAGAUGUUUAAUGGAAUAAGAGAAAGGAAGGAAUUGAAGAAUUAGAUAAAAUAUUGACACAUAAUAACAAUAGAAUCUAAAUUAAUGGAUUAAAUGAUUUGAUCAAUAUGUUGAAACAAAGAUUAAAUGAUAACAAUAAAUAAUUAGUAAGACCUAUUGUAUAAAUCGUAGGCAGAGUUGCUGAAGCUUGCGGAAAAGACUUUAAAUCAUCAGGAAAAUAAUUAAUUUAACCACUAAUCUCAAUACUAAGCGAUAAAUAAGUCUUAGUAAGAUAGGAUGUUGUUGCUAGUUUAGAUAAAUUUUGUCUAGCUAUAGGUAUUGAUCAAGUAAUUCUAUAAAUGCCACCUUAUUUACAAAUGGAAUCUAUUGAAUUGAAAUAAGAAGUAUUAUUAUUCAUAAUGAAAUAUAUUGAAGCUUUACUUAAAAUGGAUUAUAAACCAUUUAUUUUGCCAUUGAUUAAUUGUCUUUGUGAUAGAGUCAAAGAAGUUAGAUAAGCAGCGGAAUAGGUUUGCGAAAGAAUGGUUGAAGAUGUUGCAAUUGAUCCAUUCUUAAAUUAAAUGAAAGAUUUAAAACCAGCUGUUGUCUAAUAAGUUAAACAAUUUUUUGCAAAAUUUGGAAUGACUGAAAUUGAAGACACCUCAAAAAGAACUGGUAAAACACCUAAAGGCAAAUAACAAUAAUAAUAGUUGUAAUAACAAGAUAUAAGAAAUAUGAAGAGAAAUUUGACAACAAAAGAUUUACAAAGUGAUUUGAACACAUCGCAAGAACCAAAAUAAAGAAAUGAAAGAACACCAAAGAAAUCGUUACAUUAAAAAUCCCAUAAAACUUUACCAUAAGAUAGUACUCCAUUAAGACAAUAAAAGGAAAAGGCAAUAUUCCAUGACAGUAACAGUUUGAUAGCAAAAAGUGUUAGUAUCAAGGAAAUGAAAUUAUUAAGAUUACAAUCAGAUUAAAUCUAAUGUUGGGCAAAUGAUUGUUUUCCAAAUAGUGCCUUUAGUGAUCUGUAUGUUUGCUUAAGAGAGGAUCUCUACAAUCAAUUAAUGUCAUAUAAUUAUAAAGAUAUUAUGAAAGGUUUGUAAUAGUUAAUGAGUGUUUGGAAUGAUCCUGAAUAAAAACAAGACAUAAUUGAAUUAAGUGACUUACUGCUUAAAUUUGUACUUGUUAAAAUUUAUGGAUGUUCUGCUAAUCAAUUAUUAAUAAAUGCUUUGAUCAGUUUUUUGGAUGCUUUCUUUUCAACAAUUUAAAAAUCAAGAUAUAUCCUAACUGAAGUAGAAUAGAUUGUGACUAUUUCUUUGAUUAGAGAACUGAUCUAUGCUGGAGUAGAUGUCCAUCCAGAAUUGAUCUUAAAUCUUUAAUCUGUAUUCCCUGCUGAAAUUAUGAUUAAACGACUUCUACUUUUGUUUAACAUCAAUCCAUAAAGUUUACAUCCAUUCUUGAUAGAUUAGAAGGAAAGAUGUGAUGUUUAAUUAUGCAAUUUAAUAAUUUAAGGUCAAUUGACUAAAUUCUUUCCUUUAGAUCUUUUCCCAGAAUACUCUUAAUAUUUUACUAAAGAGUUACAAACUGAAUUGAUUGCUUUAUUUGGAGAUAAUACUAUUAGGAGAUAUACUUAAUAAUAAUAAUCCUAUUAACAAUAGUCAUAAUCAUAAUAAUAACAAGUAGUUCAAUAACCACAAUAAUAAUAAUUGGCAUCAUAAUAAUAGUACUAAACAGGUAAGUAACCAAUUGUAUAAGGAACGGUGUAAUUAUAAUCAAACAAAGAUCCAAGAUCAUAGUAUUUUUUAUAAAUUUUAGAUUUUCUAUUGAGUUAAUAAUCUUCUCAAAAAAUAGAAUCUUUAAUGUAAUUGAGUGAUCUACUUACUCAAAAUAUAUAAUAAAAUUAAUAGUUGUUUGUUGAUAAUGCUGAGGCAAUUUGUAGAUGCUUUUAAACUUAAUUAUAAAAUACUUUUACUUAAAGGGAUACUUAUCCUGCUUAAUUCAUAUAAUUCUUUUUAUAAACAUUAAAUAAACUAUAUUAAUUAAAACCUUAUGUAAAUUAAUUAUCAUACGAAUUAUUGUGUGGAUUUACAGAAGAAAUUAUGUAAAGACUAUUAACAGAAGAUGAAAUUAAAACAUAACAUGAAAAUGGAGAUACAACAGUUAGAUAACUGAAUUCAACUACCCUUCGUAUUUUAGAAAACACAAGUUAAGAUAUUAUGUUUUCUAUUUUAUUCGAUAUUUUAACUAAACAUAGACGUAGAAACAAUACAUCCAAAAUGAUAGGUUUGCUUGUUAAAUGUAUAGCCAGAUUAACUGCUAAAAUAGAAUAGAAUAGUAAUAUUAAGAUUGAAUUACUUCUUCUUAAAUUUCAUAAUUAUUUAAAUGAGUUUUAACUUUAUCCUAAUUUUGCUGUUGAUGAAUAAGGUGUUAAAACAAUAAAGGUUGUACUCCAAUAAUUAGUUAAAAUGAGAGGAGAAAGCAUUUGGGAAAACUAUCAUCUAGUUAGUAGAAGUACUUAAUAAGAUCAAUAUCUUAAUAAAUGGAUUCAAGCUUAUUUAGGUAAUCCUUCUUUACAGAAUUCCUAAUAAGAAAACACUCUUUCUGAUUAAGAAUUAUUAUAGAUAGCAGAUAUGUUAAGAUAACCUCUUUCAUUAGAUGCUGGCAUCCUAAAAAUGGUUGAAAAAAUUAAAAGAAAUCCAAGUAUAAUAUAUAAUAUAUUUAUAUAGCAAUCUAAUGGUAAAAAUAUGUCCAAGAUCAAUAAAUUUCAUUAAUAAUUCAAUAGUAAUUAACUAAUGGACAAGCUCCUGUCUUGGGAGGCUAUAUGAGCAAUCAAUCUUAAUUAUAGUAAUCUUAGUUAUAAUAAUUAUCCUUAUAAUAAUAGCAAUUAUAACAGAACCAAUUAUAGUAAUCUUAACUCUCUGUUAGACCUCAGUCAUAAUAACAAUAAUAAUAAUAAUAAUAAUAAUAAUAAUAAUAAUAACAAUAAUAAUAAUAAUAAUAAUAAUAAUAAUAAUAAUAGAUGAUUUCAUAAUAAGUACCUUAUCCAAGAACAACAAGAGCUGCUGAUCCUUAGUAAUAUAAUAAUGAUCCUCUUGAUAAUUAGUAAUUCAAUCAAUAUAUGUCUGUUAAUUAAUAUUCAAUAAAUUAAAAUUAAUUAGGAUAAUCUUAAUAAUAAAAUGUAAAAACUCCUGAAUAUUUAAUGUAAAAAUUAACUGAUAUGAAAAAUAAAGUACAAACACUAGUUGGUCCAAAUAAUGUUUAAUAAGCAUAAAAUCCUAGAUAACGCAUGCCAUAAUGAAUAUCAAUUAUAAUA